UCCAUCUCACAGACUCCACAAAUAUCCCGACUCCCAGAGUGAUGACUAUCUCCUCCUCCGACGGCUCUUCCUUGCUCUUCUUGUCCGCUCUUCCUCGCUCGACCAAGCAAUGUCGUCGGCCUUCAGCACGGAGCCUCUGCUUCACCACGGCUUCCGGGAGAUCUCCAGGUCCCGCUUCCGAUCGAGGACGCCCACGCCUCCUCCUCCCGCUUCGCUGAGCUGCGCGCCGAAGCCGUCUUUCCGCCAUGCAAGGAGGUCGUGCGGCUUCGGACCGCGUCGCGGCGGCGCUCUCCGCGCGCGCGCGAGCUCCUCCGGUGCGGCGGUCGUCGAAGCGUUUGAAUCCACCGACGUUCUCUUCAAGGAGGCUUUCCCUCUCCGGAGAAAUGAGACGGUGGAGGGGAAAAUAUUUGUGAGAUUUGAUCAGGGGAAGGAUGAGCAGAAUUGGCACCUCACCGUUGGUUGUACGCUUGCUGGGAAGUGGAUUCUUCACUGGGGAAUUUCUCAUGUAGGCGACGUCGGCAGUGAAUGGGAUCAACCUCCUGCUGAAAUGAGGCCUCCUGGAUCAAUUUCUAUCAAGGACUAUGCAAUCGAGACACCAUUGCAGAAAUCAUCUACAACGAUGGAUGGGGACGAAUUUUAUGAAGUGAAUAUAAGUAUCCAGUCCAACACUAAUAUUGCUGCGAUAAAUUUCGUUCUGAAGGAUGAAGAAUCUGGAUCUUGGUAUCAGCAUAGAGGCAGAGACUUCAAGGUGCCUCUCAUGGAUUCUCUUCAAGAUGAUAGCAACAUUGUUGGAGCCAAAAGGGGCUUUGAUUUAUUGCCAGGUGCCCUUGGACAGCUAUCUAACAUACUCCUUAAAGGAGAAGCGUCAGACUAUAAGGAUAAAAAGGCCAGCAGUGACUUGGAAGUUUCGAAACAAGGAGUGCAGUGCCUUCAGGGAUUCUAUGAGGAGCUGCCUAUUGUUAAAGAAGUUUCCGUUCAUAACUCUGUCAACGUUUCUGUUAAGAUCUGUCCUGAGACAGCUAAGACUCUUGUAUACUUGGAAACUGAUCUCCCUGGAGAUGUUACUGUGCACUGGGGAGUUUGCAGAGAUGAUUCUAAAAUGUGGGAAGUUCCAGCAGCCCCGUAUCCGCCAGAAACAAAAAUCUUCAAGAACAAGGCUUUACGGACAUUGUUACAGCCAAGGGGACGGGAAAAAGGAUUUUGGGGAUUAUUUGCUUUGGAUGAAGAGUUUGUGGGAUUCCUUUUUGUUCUCAAGCUAAAGGAGGAUGUUUGGCUGAAUUGUAUGGGAGAAGAUUUUUAUAUUCCGGUAUCUAGCAUAAGGAGUUCUUCUCUUCUUGGACAAAAGGAAUCUAAUAGUAUGGAGACAUCUGGCAAAACCGCGGAAACAAAUACCGAAGUCAGUAGCACAGCAUACACUGACGGAAUUAUCAAUGAGAUACGAAACUUGGUUAGUGAUAUUUCAUCCGAGAAGAAUCGCAAGGCGAAGACUAAAGAAGCACAAGAAAGCAUUCUCCAAGAGAUUGAAAAGUUGGCUGCUGAGGCCUAUAGUAUUUUCAGAAGUGCCCUGCCAACUUUUUCGGAGGAAGCUGUUUUGGAACCAGAGGUACUGAAACCUCCAAAGAUAUUUUCAGGCACGGGAACGGGGUUCGAGAUAUUGUGCCAAGGUUUUAAUUGGGAAUCACAUAAGCCUGGAAGGUGGUAUAAUGAACUAAAGGAAAAAGCUUCACAAUUAGCUUCUCUGGGUUUCACUGUUGUUUGGUUACCACCGCCUACUGAUUCUGUGUCACCUGAAGGGUACAUGCCAACGGAUCUUUACAAUUUAAAUUCGAGAUAUGGAACUAUUGAUGAACUGAAGGACCUCGUGAAGAAGUUCCAUGAAGUUAACAUAAGAGUUCUUGGAGAUGUCGUGCUUAAUCAUCGCUGUGCACAACACAAGAAUCAAAAUGGUAUAUGGAAUAUUUUCGGCGGUCGUCUAAAUUGGGAUGAUCGAGCUGUAGUUGCUGACGAUCCUCAUUUUCAGGGUAGAGGCAACAAGAGUAGUGGAGAUAAUUUUCAUGCUGCCCCAAAUAUUGAUCACUCACAAGAUUUUGUGCGGAAAGAUCUGAAGGAAUGGUUAUGUUGGCUGAGGAGCGAAAUUGGGUAUGAUGGAUGGAGGCUCGAUUUUGUUAGAGGCUUUUGGGGUGGCUAUGUCAAAGACUACUUGGAUGCAACUGAACCUUCUUUUGCUGUCGGUGAGUACUGGGAUUCCCUCAGCUAUACAUAUGGGGAAAUGGAUCACAAUCAAGAUGCACACAGGCAGAGAAUUGUCGACUGGAUAAACGCUACAAAUGGCACAGCUGCAGCAUUUGAUGUCACCACAAAAGGAGUUCUUCAUGCAGCAUUGGAAAGAUGUGAAUAUUGGCGACUAUCUGAUCAGAAGGGAAAACCUCCAGGGGUUGUUGGAUGGUGGCCAUCUCGAGCUGUAACAUUUGUGGAGAAUCAUGACACUGGCUCUACCCAGGGUCAUUGGAGAUUUCCAAGUGGGAAGGAAAUACAAGGAUAUGCCUAUAUCUUGACGCACCCAGGAACUCCAGCAGUGUUCUAUGACCACAUCUUCUCUCACUACCAAUCUGAAAUUGCUUCACUUAUCUCUCUCAGGAAUCGCAACAAGAUCCAUUGCAGGAGCACUAUCAAAAUAACCAAGGCUGAGAGGGAUGUCUAUGCGGCCAUUGUGGACGAAAAAGUCGCAAUGAAGAUUGGACCAGGCUACUAUGAACCCCAAAGUGAGCCCCAGAAAUGGUCUCUAGUCCUCGAGGGAAGAGAUUACAAGGUUUGGGAAGCUUCAUAAUGUCCUCAUAUACUAGUGUUCAGUCCCGACCCAAUGGAAUCAGUCGACAGAAUGUUCCUCGAUGAAGUUCUCCAGAGUUUAUCCUCGAGCCAGUUGGAGCAUACCUGAGCACGAUGGUGUGCUAUUCCAAUAUAAUUAUGCACGAAUUGUAUCGAUUUAUACCUGGUGUGGUUAACUGGUCCAGCGAAAAAGUAAUGCAGGUGUCGGAAGCAAUAGUUCAGUGAUUAGCAAGUACUCCAUCACUAUGGAUGUAGACUAUAUAUUGAAUAUGACAGUGGCCCGGGCAUUGCAUCCCAGGUAACAUCCUUUUUUGUUUUCUGUCGAAAUCAUGUAAGAAUAGUUAAGACGCAAUCGAACAUUGAUUGAACCCAAGGAAAUCCUGCAGAUUCUGCUGGAUGGUAUUGUUCCACGAUUUGUACUCUGCAAAAGAAAUUAUGUUGUAUAAGAUACUUGAAUACACUACCGAUAAGGAAAGAUCAGUUCAAUGUCCUGUGAAGUUCCCGAUUGCACUUGAGAUUAAA